AUGAUAUGGAUUGUCUGGAAUAUUCUCGCACAGAUCAGACUCAUUACUCAGAUGUGUCCUCAAGAUUUCUGGAUAGAGCAAUUGCUUCCUCGCUAUCACAAUCAUUUCCCUAAAUUGCCCUCUUUUCCAUCUGCUUUUUUUAGUUUCCUACCUUUGCAUACUCUGAGGAAACUACUUGUCUUUAUAUUUCCUUAUUUUCUUUCGCUUUCGUGA